AUGGACAACGAGCAGACCCCGCCACCACCUGUCAACGGUGCAGACCACAACGGCGACGAGACCAACGGCGGCCCAACAAACGACAUGCCCGCACCACCAAAGAUCCUCAACGUCGCCUUCAAACACCAGAACGGCCAGGAACUCCACUUCAAGAUGAAGACAACCACCAAGCUCGGCAAGGCGAUGGACGGCUUCGCAAGUCGCAUGCAGCGUGAGGCAGGAAGCAUGCGCUUUCUCCUCGAUGGCGAGCGUAUCAACAAAGACCAGACCUUUGAGGAUCUCGGCGUCGAUGAGGAUUGCCAGGUGGAGGCCUUCGAGGAGCAGAUUGGUGGCGGCUCUUGA